UCCUUGUGUGCGUAAUUGCGUGACAGCAAAAGUUCUGGGAAAAAAUUGCCAUUAAUUUACAAUUUCAAACGCUAAAAGUUACUAAAUGGGUUCCCGCAAUGAGUGUCGCAUUUAUGUUGGCAAUUUGCCACCAGACAUUCGCACCAAGGACAUACAGGACCUUUUCCACAAGUUUGGCAAAGUCACAUUUGUCGAUUUGAAGAAUCGGCGUGGUCCGCCAUUUGCAUUUGUAGAGUUUGAAGAUGCGCGUGAUGCCGAUGAUGCUGUCAAGGCGCGUGAUGGAUAUGACUAUGACGGGUAUCGUCUGCGAGUCGAGUUCCCUCGCGGUGGUGGUCCAGGUAGCUACCGCGGCAACAAUCGGAACGAUCGUAGCCGGGAUGGCGGUGGCCGCAUGGGUGGCCGAGGACCCCCAGCUAAGCGCUCACAGUACCGUGUCAUGGUAACUGGCUUGCCAGGUUCAGGCUCUUGGCAGGACCUGAAGGAUCACAUGCGUGAGGCCGGAGAUGUUUGCUUUGCCGACACCUACAAAGAUGGUUCUGGAGUCGUGGAGUUUUUGCGUCACGAGGAUAUGAAGUACGCCAUUAAAAAAUUGGACGACUCUCGAUUCCGUUCCCAUGAGGGUGAGGUCGCCUACAUACGGGUGCGGGAGGACAGCGGAGAUAAUGACCGUGGUGGUGGUGGCGGUGGCGGCGGCGGCGGUGGUCGUGACUAUCGCGAUAGAUCCCGUUCGCGCUCGUUUUCAUCACGGCCACGUCGUCGUGGUACACCAACAUAUUCGCCGGUGCGUCGUCAAUCCUAUUCCAGGUCACGCUCACGCUCUAAUUACUAAAUUAUACAAUCAUUAUCCAUUAAUAUUAAUAUUUCUUACGAGCAGGAAAAAUUAGGAAAAGCAAGAUAACUAUCAAAACCUUUACCCCUUACUCCUAUACUUACUGUUUAUUUAAUUAUGCUGACUGUCAAACGAUUGAUCAGAUCAAUAUCAAGAAAAGAAACCCUUUUAUCAAGACUGGAGAAAUCCAAUGCAAAUCCCAAAUUAAUAACACUAACAUCAGUAAACAAUUGCUUUUCUCUCAGAA